ACCCGACGUAGUCGGCAGGCGGCAAUUUUACCCGGACAUUCGUGGACCGUGCAGCUGCUCGAACGAGCUCACGGAUUUCCCCUGACUCGACGCGAACCGAAUCCACGUGGAUAGUCAACUGUCAAGUGCCCGUACCGCAAUCACGUCUCAGCCUGGGUACAGGAAAUGGAUCCCGACGCUUUCAAGGAGUUCGCCAAGGAAAUGGCAGAAUAUAUCACUAAUUACCUGGAAAAUAUCAGGGACAGGCGAGUGCUUCCGACAGUAGAGCCAGGUUACAUGAAACCCCUUUUGCCGUCCGAGGCGCCGCAAAGGCCAGAAAGUUGGAAAGACGUUAUGGCAGAUAUCGAAAAAGUGAUAAUGCCAGGAGUUACACACUGGCAUAGCCCGAAAUUUCACGCGUAUUUUCCUACAGCCCAAUCGUAUCCAGCGAUCGUUGCUGACAUGCUUAGCGGUGCUAUCGCAUGCAUCGGGUUCACUUGGAUUGCGAGUCCUGCCUGUACCGAGUUGGAGGUAAUAAUGUUGGACUGGCUAGGAAAAAUGUUAGAUCUGCCCAAAGAAUUUUUAGCCUGCAGCGGUGGAAAGGGUGGUGGUGUCAUUCAGGGAACCGCGAGCGAAGCUACUUUAGUCGCACUUCUCGGCGCCAAGGCUAGAAAAAUAAGGCAGGUCAAGGAACAACAUCCUGACUGGACGGAUAACCAAAUUGUAGAAAAACUAGUCGCUUAUAGUUCCUGUCAAGCUCACAGCUCCGUAGAACGAGCUGGUCUUCUCGGCGGUGUAAAGUUCCGAUUGCUAGAAGUCGAUUCGAAAUAUAAACUUCGCGGUGAGACACUGGCAGAGGCCAUUCGCAAGGAUAAAGAACAAGGACUGAUUCCAUUCUACGCUGUCGCCACUUUGGGAACCACUUGCUCUUGUGCAUUCGAUCGUGUCGAUGAAAUGGGUGUGGUUGCAAAUCGUGAGAAUGUCUGGCUACAUGUUGACGCAGCUUACGCUGGUUCAGCGUUCAUUUGCUCGGAAUUCCGAUAUUUAAUGAAAGGCACCGAGUUGGCAGAUUCCUUCAAUUUUAAUCCACACAAAUGGAUGCUGGUGAAUUUCGAUUGUUCGACGAUGUGGUUAAAGGAUCCGACAUACGUUAUCAAUGCUUUCAACGUGGAUCCUCUGUAUCUAAAGCACGAUAUGCAAGGUUCUGCUCCUGACUAUAGGCAUUGGCAGAUUCCAUUGGGACGAAGAUUCAGAGCGUUGAAACUCUGGUUCGUGUUGAGGAUUUAUGGCGUCGAAAAUCUUCAACGAUAUAUCAGAAACCACGUUGCCCAGGCUCAUGAAUUCGAAGCGCUGGUUCUCUCGGAUCCGCGAUUCGAAAUUGUCGCCGAAGUGAUAUUAGGACUUGUCUGUUUCCGAUUAAAGGGAUCGAAUGACAUAAACGAGACCUUAUUGAAAAAGAUCAACGGCGCCGGAAACAUUCAUUUAGUGCCAUCCAAGAUAAACGACAUGUACUUCCUACGGUUCGCAGUUUGCUCGCGGUACAGCGAAAGCAAAGAUAUUCAAAACUCUUGGAAAGAGAUAAAGCUGAGGGCAGACGAGGUUCUCGAGGAACAAUCGGUUUCUAAGUGAUGGCGGGCUCAGAUAGCUCGUGGUUGUCGGUCCUUGACACCUGCAACCUGCAAUCAAUCCUAGCUUUUAAUCGUUUUUCGUGUUAGCGAUCUUGCAUAAUCGAGAAACAGGGAUUUGUUUAACGUAUUUCGCGACUCGACGUAUAAUUGCUAAACUUUUACAAACGACGAGUCAGAUAGGAAUUGAAGUAAGAUCAUUAGCAUAAUAUAUACGUAUGAUAAUGAUGGAAAUAUUUCCUUCAUAUUUUUAAUUAAUUAACACGAUCGGUUACACAACUCGGUAUUCGCUUACGUUUUAUCGCUGGACGACUGUUGGACCUUCCGCGCACGGUUUUUUUCCUCUCGGCGAUUCGAUUCUUACUUCUCAAUUCUCUAUUUUGCCGAUACAUCUGUUUGUCGCAGAUCGGCACGAUGACGCGACGUAACGACAGUUACACGGUACAGUGAAACUCUCUCGUCGAGAUUUAGGCUCGGAGCAGACAUCUUACCACGCGACACCGUUGCAGGACCGUUCGAACGACAGAGAAAUGGAAUUCUUACGAAAGAAGAACACAUACCUAUGUUGUUCGAGACGGAAUCUCUUAAGCAACGGAAUACGUGUUCAAUAACUUCGUAAAGUUAUUGGUGCUAGGAAAGUCAGAAUUUCUUGGGCUUAUAGAAAUAUAGAUAUAAAAAAGUCAAUGUGUUAAAAUAUAAACGCGCAAAAAUAUAAACGAAUAAAAAGAUACAAGGAUAAAUCUGGAAUAUAAGAUGAGCGUAAGAAGAAAUUCUGAAUUGAUGUGUACAAUUUUGUAUACUCCGAUUUCCCGCUCGUCUGCGUCAAGCCUAAGUCGACUCAGAUAUUUCUUUCUCUUGCUUUCUUGCGACGGUAAAGGUUCGCCGCCGGUCAAAGCCGUUACACGCACAUGCACUCACACACAUACAUACACACAUAGGUUCCCUUCAAUAAUAUUAAUAACCUCGAAAUAUAUUAGACAAGUCCCAUAUAAAAAACACGCCAAAGAUCGUUAUUCGACUGUCGUUUCACGUCAGUGAACGCGUAAUUUGCUGUAAGCGCAAUAUUACAUGUCGCCUUGUACCAGUUUUCGAACGCAUAGCUAAGCAAUAGCGUUGUGUAGGCCCAUUAGAUCGCUUUCAUCCAGCAGCAAGACACUGUAUACAUACGUAUGUACCUUUAGCAACGCGUUACGCAAUUGCUGGCAUCGGAGCGUCUUGCAAAUAUAUCUGUUACACUCAGAACUUCUGCCAAGUAUUUAAAAAAAGCCUAGCAAGUAUCUUAAUGUAAUUUAAACCACUUUAGUUCGCAAAACUUAUUUCUUGUUGGUUUUCACCGGUGAUUGUAUAAAGUUAAAGUUAUUGUAUUAAGUUAAAGCGUGUGUGGAGGAUGGUUAGUCGUUUGGUUUAGAUGACGAGACUACGAGAUAUUGAAACAGUCAAGGCUAGCCGUUCGAGACUAACUGGUAACUGAUAUUGAUUCGUACGACUGACUCGCUUCUGGAGAACAUGGUCGUCUGUUUAUACUGGUCGAGACAGUGCCGGAAAACUCAAAUUCGUCUUCGUUUGACGAUUACACGUAGCGGCGACAUCGUUUUGCCCGGAGUUUAUUUAUUAUUACAUUAUAUGUGUCCUAACGAUAUCGAUACUCCGAGGCGAAGCGAUAACAUGCUUUGAAUUAUCCUCUAACUCAUGUGCCGCUACAAAGUUAUAUCAAGUUGAAAUUAUUGUAUUAAGUUAAAGCGUGUAAUUACUUAGGAAUUAUAACAUUUGAUAGUAAACGAUCGACAGAAUUUGAUCGUUGACACCGAGUGCAAUAUAAAAUAGGAAUUAUUCCGCGUGUUGUUGAAUUUAAGUCGUGUUCACCUUAUCAACGUUGUUUGAUUCCUUAAAGGAAAUAAUAUUAUCACGAUCGCCUCUACCUUGUUGAUAAAGAAAACAGUUCGAUGUUCUACGAUUCAAUGUUCUUCGAUUCAUCUGCAUCUGAAGAAUAUUUUGCGAAUAUUAUGAGGGAAUUGGCAAUUUUUGCUUAGGACAAGAGUUAGUUUCAAAUAUCUUUCUCGGUCUUUUCUAUCCAUAAAUACCGAAAGAAUGUGAAAAGUAAGAUCCUUCUUUAUGACAUUAAUAUUUUUCAAGUAAUUCAAAUAUUUUAACAAAUUUUCUCAUUAUUUCCUGUUCGAAACGUCUACGUUGCGUGCAUUAAAUGUUUGGUAAAUAUCCCGAGCAAAUAAGUCAUGAAAAAUUGAGUUAGAUGUUCCAAGUACAUAAAAUAUGUAACUAUAUAGGCAUGCUUUAAUUUAUUCACAAACAUACUUUCAUGUCCCAGCAUGUACGUGACAGAUAAUGUCACAUAAAGUAAUUAUCGUAGAUCUGUAUAUUAGACAUCAGGCAAGAAUAUUUAUAUAUCGGAAUAUAUUGAUUUUAGUCGUACAAAACAUACAAAAAAUGUUAUAUUUUAUUAAAUUAUUUAAGGAUUAUGCUAUCGAAACGAACGUGUAAAUUAUAUUUUUGUGUUCUAUCCCGUCGAUCUGAUAUAUAUUACUCUCGCAUAUGAUCUACUAAUUAUUAAAUUAUAUGUACUAUAUUUAUGUUGUAAAUAAUUUAUCAAUACGAUAGUUAUAAGCAUACAGUACGUAUCUAUGUAACAUAUCUUUGUCUCUUCUACGCAAUUCACCUCUAUUCCCCGAUAAUUACUUGCCAUAAUCGUACUCGAACUACUUUAUAAUUAUACUCGAAUUAUUUAAUAGAACGUUCAAUAAGUUAAUAUAUAUUGUUCUUUAUAACUGCGAAACUAGUUAGAAAAUUUCUAACAUAAAUGCAAGAAGCAUUUCUUAAGAAGUAUUAAAUAUAUAUUAUUCAACAAUUAUGCAGAAUAUUUAUGAAACAUAUAUACAAUAGGUGGAGAAUGUAUUUUUAUCAAGUUACAGCUAUUGUACUAAUUGUAUUAAUGUAUUAAUUUUUGCACUCAUAUGAGAAUAGUACUAAGUGAUAUGAAAUUUUAUAUACUUCGAGCCGAAUUGAUUUAAUAUAUUAAUUAAUCGAUGUGUAGAUACUAUAAUAGAUAUAAUGGUGUACCAAUGUGUUUUACGACACUUAUCUCUUGAAGAUUAUUUAUUUAUGUUUAACAAUUAAGCGUUGCAGUUUAUUUUAGGUAUGCUAUACUUUAAUUGUUCGUCGUUAGAUUGCGGAUAUCUGUAUGUCCGUUCUAAUAUCGAGUAUAAUUAUGGCAUUCUGAACAUAAUGUAGUGCUGCAACUGGGACAAUAAAUAGAUCUAGAAUUACUUGACACUGUUUGGUCUAUCGAACGAGCAAACGUUCUUAAAAACAAUGUAAAGAUGUUUUGAACGCUACCACAUGCACUGGUUGAUACAACGCACGUAAUAAGAUUUACUUUUAUACACGUUUAACCACAAGCGAUAGAUCGAUGUUAUGAAAGUAAUAACGAUAAUCAAAAACUGCUUAAUUUUUAUUCAUAAAUAUAUAUUUCAAAAUACAUAGCAAAAUCUGCAAAAUAUUUGUAUUUGAGAAAUUAAUGCGAUCAAAAGGAUAAAUUGUAAUUUUGGAAGACAAAUAUAUGUAAGUAAAUAUUACUGUUAUCACUCGUGAAGUAUAAGAACGUUUUCUCGAUGCGAUAACAUGAAUUGUUGUUAAACGGGACCAACGGAAAGUAAUAAAAGAAAAUAUAUGUACGUACGUACCUGUUACGUCGAUAUGUAAAAGGUUUGUUUCAAACAUUUAUUUCCGUUCUCGAGACGCGCAACUCACUGUAAUAAAUAUAUAAAUGUAUUAUACUACACAUAAAUGUUGAAAGUAUCUAUCGAGAUAUCAUCGUUAUAACAAUAAACUAUACAUGUAUGUAA